AGGCUGAGCUUCCUGUUUCCUGUUUCCUGUGUGUCCCAGUGAUAUCAGUCCCCGGAACAACAACAACAACCCAUGUGAGAGAGAAGCUGUGGAGUCUCCGCCAUGUUCUCCGGUUUAAAGGAUAAAGUCGGGGAGGUCUUGUUACCGGGAGAUGAGUUCUCCUUGGAGACCGAGGACACCAUUUCUCUGACGGAGCGCGUGAAGCCGGAGAAGGUGGUGUGUGGCCCGGGUCUGAGGCGGAGCGGAGACCGGCUGCUGGUGUGUAAAAGCGGCGUGCUGCGACACAAACAGCCCAACAUGUUCUGGAUGGACUCCCAGCAGAGGAGGUAUGUCCCCGCUAAAGGAGAGACCGUCAUCGGCAUCGUGACGGUUAAAUCCGGAGACGUCUUCAAGGUGGACUUUGGAGGAAGUGAGCAGGCGUCUCUGUCCUACCUGGCGUUUGAGGGCGCCACCAAGAGGAACCGACCCAACGUCCAGGUGGGCGACCUGGUGUUCUCCCAGUUCGUCGUAGCCAAUCGGGACAUGGAGCCGGAGCUGGUGUGUGUGGACAGUUCAGGACGAGCCAAUGGGAUGGGAGUGUUUGGAGCCGGGGGGCUGCUCUUCACCGUGUCUCUGGGACUGGCCAGGAGGCUGCUGUCCCCCCACAGCGAGGUCCUCUCUGACCUGCAGACCCUCUUCCCCUGCGAGCUGGUGGUCGGGAUGAACGGCCGUCUGUGGGUCCGGUCGUCCAGCGUUCAGCAGACGCUCGUCAUCACCAACCUGCUGCAGAGCUGUGACACCAUGACGGCCCCCCAGAGACAGGAGCUGUUCAGGAGGGCUGCACAGGGGGCGCUAUAACACCAUGACGGCCCCCCAGAGACAGGAGCUGUUCAGGAGGGCUGCACAGGGGGCGCUAUAACACCAUGAUGGCCCCCCAGAGACGGGAGCUGUUCAGGAGGAGGUACAGGGGAGGUGCUGUAGAGCCGGGACUGUAAAAGUGAAGCAGAACCAUCUGGAUUCUAUCACUGAUGUUUGUUUUAAGUUUAUUUUUCUGAUCAUUUUGGUUCUUUUGAACUUUAUUUGAUGCCAUAAAAACAGGCUGAAGCCUCAUGAUUGGUCGGGCCGGUGUAUGGGCGGGACUUGGAUACCGCUGCACAAUAUUUCAACUUUUUUUUCUAGAAUUUUCUGACUUUUUGUCUCGUAGUAAUCGGGACAAUUUUUGUGUGCAAAUAUUCCAACUUUAUAAAAAGAAAAAAAUUCAAUAUAUUCUGAGUUUAUUUUCCCUGUAAUAUCCCGACCUUUAUUCUCCAAAUAUUCCAGCUUUUUUUGAAGAGGAGAAACAGGUGUGUCUGGCUGUGUGUGUUCAGAAGAAGUUGCUGCAGACUGAACAUUAAUCGUCUUAAAACUGAUCUGGUGUCAGCGUUACCUAAAUCAAAGCUGCGUGUAGUUCCUUUUUAGCAACAGUUUGCUCAUUUGUAAUCAUUUCUCAAAGCAUCACAUGUCUUACAAUGCCAGAGUAUAACCUUAGUGUCUCUCUGUCCUCUCUAACAGACAGACUCUGGAUCAGAAUAAAACCUGUUUUAGCCUCCUA